GAUCAGUUGCAGCUACAGAGAAGGAAUUUCGGCGUUUCUCUGAAACCCUAGUUUAUCUAAUCAGAGACGAGAAAAUAAUUUCUUUCUCGAGUUCGCCCAUUGAGUAGUGAGUACUAGUCCUCAUAACGUCGGUAUUUGCAUAUCGGGUCUGGGUUAAUCAGAUUCCUUUCUGUAGAGAUGCAGAAUUUUGUUGGGAGUUUGAUUCGAAGACAUGUCCAUAAGAGCUCAAACAUUACCCAUUUCAAAACCAUCACAGCCUAUUCAGCUAGAAUGAGUCCUCAAUCGAGCCCUGUGUGCUCUAUUUCCGAAAUUUCAAAUGAAUUUGCGGCACCACAUGCCAAGAAGUGCUUCUUUGGAUCGCUUUCUUAUGUGGGCUCGCCCUCUCGUGCAACAAUGACGCAUUUGGACUUCCAGAGAGGGGCAUGGAUGUCUCUAAAUAAUAUUAGCAAUAAUAGAAGUUCAAGAUUGGCUGUGUUUCAAGGAGGAGCAGCGUCACGGCCUUUCUUCUGCAGGUGCAUGACAACAGUGGCAAAUCCUGUUGACGUGAGUUCACAAGGAUCUCCUCUGUCCACCCCUGAUGUAGCUCCUCGCAUCAAGUUUAAGAGGCUCGAUAAAACUGCCAGGAACAUAAUGCAGAUUAUAGACAAGGAAGCAGUGGAGGAGGUGAAGUCGGAUAGGGAGAUACCUGACAUAAAGCCUGGUCAUAUUGUGCAACUCAAAGUGGUAGUACCUGAGAAUAAGAGACGUGUUUCAAUUGUAAAAGGCACUGUUAUAGCAAGACGUAAUGCUGGUAUAAGUACUACAUUUAGAAUAAGGAGGCUGGUGGCUGGAGUUGGAGUUGAAUCUCUCUUUCAUCUGUACUCACCUAACAUCAAGGAAAUAAAGAUACUAGAAAAGAAGAAAGUAAGGAGGGCGAAGCUUUAUUAUCUAAGGGACAGGAUGAAUGCACUCAAGAAAAGGUAACAAAUUUCGCAGGUUAGUAGGAGAUCAAUUAUAGGCAGUCCUUGGGAAAGAUGGGGAGUUCGGUGAGAAUUGUUUUAAACGGAUGUCUUUGUAUUUCCAUUUUAUGCUUUUAUUCUGGGAUAUUUCUAAGUUUUUUGGUUGUAAAGGAUUAUGGGCAUUCUAUUGAAUAUUUCGAAUGGUUCAAAAAAUUCUCGAGUUGGACCACCAUGUGUUCUAAACAUAAAUAAGAUUUUCAUUGUCCCAGUUGAUGGACAGAUGUUUCAUAAAUCAAUCAUCCUAUUUACUUGAA